UGAUAUUAUCUUCAAAGCAGCUGUAGUCUUAGAAGACAAUGACAACAUCUGAACAGUUCUUUUCAAUGCGGUAGCGAAUUUCUAUGGAGAUCAUUCAAGUACACCCGUCACCUGAAGCCGACCCCACUCAACAGCCACCUGUAAAGCCAACACACCGCCGUCGUCUCACCGGAGACGGACCCAUUGCCGCCAACAAGCGGAUCCGUAUACCACCUAUCUGCGUCCCCGCCAUUGUCCACCUCAAACGGGAAUUGGGUCUUCGCACAGACGGUGACACCAUCCAAUGGCUCAUCCACGAGGCCCGACCUCAACUCGUCCCUCCUACCAAACCACCCCACUCUCGCCCCACUCCUAAAGCUCUCAACCUUCCUAAACCCCUCUGCAUGGAGUACCACAGCGAACACAAGCUCGUGUCUUAUAUUCCAGUUGCCACUGCCGGCGCUACAGCUGUAAGUAAGCCUGUCAGGGCGACUGUGGUUCAGGCGUCGACGGUGCUCUUUGAUACUCCUGCAACAAUGGAUAAAGCAGAGAGACUAAUUGCUGGUGCUGCUGCCUAUGGGUCGCAAAUGGUGGUUUUUCCAGAAGCAUUUCUUGGUGGGUAUCCAAGCUACAUGGCAACAGAUGUUGAUUUGCAGAAGUAUUAUGCCUCAGCUAUUGAUGUGCCUGGCCCUGAAGUUGAUAGGCUUGCAAAAAUUGCUGGCAAAUAUAAAGUGCACAUAGUAAUGGGAGUGGUGGAAAGAGAUGGAGUAUAUCUCUUUAGUACAAUUCUGUUUUUCGGUUCCAUGGGACAGCACCUUGGACAUCUUCGCAAGCUAAUGCCAAUGGCAUCAGAGAGUGCAGUAUGGUGUUCUGGAGAGAAAUCAUCACUACCAGUAUAUGAGACCACAAUUGGAAAAGUUGGUGGCUUGGUUUGUUGGGACAACAAAUCACCACUUCUCAGAACUGAAUUAUAUGCUAAAGGGGUUGAGAUAUACUGUGCUCCUUCUGCUGAUGCAAGGGAAAUAUGGAAGGCAUCUAUGAUGCAUAUUGCCCUGGAAGGUGGCUGCUUUGUUCUUUCUGCAAACCAAUGUUGCCGAGGGAGAGACUGUCCAGUUCCUCCUGGAAAUUCAGAUAGCGAUACAUCAUUUGAUGAAAUAACAAGUCCUGGGGGUAGUUUUAUUGUUUCCCCAUCAGGAAGCAUCUUGGCAGGACCUAAUUACCAAGGAGAGUGUCUCAUCUCAGCUGAUCUGGACCUUGCAGAGAUCGCUCGAGGAAAGACAGAGUUCAGCAGAGUCGGGAAUAAUCUCAAGCCAUAACAUGUUGGUUGGACUGCAAGUGAGCGGAUCCAAUCCGAUCUUGUUUGCAAUGGGAAAGCAGAAGUUAUCAACGAGCUUUGAUGGUGAGUUGGCUGUGUAGAAAAUAGAGAUUGUUAAGUCCAGAAAUAACUUAAUCUUAAUCUCACUAAGAACAAUGGCUAGUUUAGAUGUUGCUCAUCGCCAAGCUCUGAAAAAAUAGUUUCCUGUGUAUAAAAAGUUUGGGCAAGGUAAUCAAAUAUGCCUGGUGUUACAGUA